UUAGGAAAAUAAAAAAGAAAAAAACUGCAGGUUUAUUAUUCAGCGCCAACUAAUUGGUUUAGUGAAUUUUAUCAAAAAAUUUCAGUUCCCGCUUAGCUUUUCUGUCUCCAGCGCCAUCUAAUUGUUUUCCAUAAAUAUUAAUCACAAAUAAACUAUAAAAAUUUAGGGUUUUUAAAGAAAUCCUUAUGAUGCCGUCAAAAGAAAAAGAUAUCGCCUAUAAACAAAUCUCUUAAGAGCUUGAAGAGAAACUGCUAGAGAGCAAUCUCAGAUACAAGUUUAAGAUCGAUCAUGGAUUUUAUGGAUUCAGAGACACAAAGACCUGAUGAUUUAUCACAGUUGGAAGCAGAUUACAGCAUCCCUCCUCCCCUUGCUCCAGAAUGUAAAAGCUUCAAAUGGAAGAUACAGAUCAUAGAUACUGAUGGAAACAUAGAAGGAAAAAUGUUGACAUCGAAAGAUGUAUGGAAGUUACAAGGUACUAAAGUGAUAGUGCAUUUCGACGAAGAUAGCGGUCAACCAAUUGGAGAUUCCGGAGGUUUACUUGGAUCAUGGUUAGGUCAAUUAAGUCAUGAUGCAAAUUUGAUACCCAUUAACUACAACGACUGGAGGUGUGUUAAUUCUUAUAUAAAAGAUACGGCAUGGAACACAAUUCAGUCCAAAUUCAGAUUUGAUGAUCCUGUGAUUAGAAAAGAAUAUGUGAUGGGUGCACUAGGUAGCAGAUGCAAGGAUGUCAAACGUCGGCUUUGGAAAGAACACAAAAAAGAUACUUUGAAUGAAACGUUGCUGAAUCGACCCGACAAAAUUCCUGAACUUCAGUGGGGUCAAUUUGUUCGGACGAGAUUUGAUGAGAAGUGGAAGAAAAUGCAAGAACGGAAUACAAAGAGCCAAAAACACAAUACCAUGCCUCACUUAUGUGGAAGGAAGAGCUUUCCAAGGAGAAGAAAUGAGAUUGUGAGUAAUUUAGUUUUGACAAAACAUUAG